CAGCAGAGAUUAUCACAGAGAGAGGAGUCGCUCAUACUACAAGGGGGAUGACUUCCUGCAUUUCUACCGCUGGACCUCCCCACCCGGCGUGAUGAAGAUCAUAUCCAUCAUUAUCAUCAUCCUGUGCGUGGCCGUGUUCGCCUGCGUGGCGUCCACUCUGGCCUGGGACACAGACUUUGGCCUGUCAGGCCUCGGCGGGGGCAUCGGGGGGGGCAUUGGAGGGGGCAUUGGGGGGGGCAUCGGGGGGGGCAUUGGAGGGGGCGGUUACGGGGGCGGUUAUGGGGGCAGCUACGGGGGCAGCUACGGGAGCGGCGGCAUUGGCUCCGGUUACGGGGCCGGUUACGGGGGAAUCGGGGGCAACUACACCAACCCGAAAGCGGGGAAGGGCUUCCUCAUCGCCAUAGCGGCCAUCUCCUUCAUCGCCGUGCUGGUCAUCUUCAUCCUGGUGGUUUCCCGCCAGAACAUUUCCCGCUCACGCCGGUUCUACCUGGCGGUAAUCAUCAUCUGCGCCAUUUUGGCUCUACUGAUGCUCAUCGCCACCAUAGUCUACCUGGUGGCCGUCAAUCCCACAGCCCAGUCCUCCGGCUCCGUGUACUACAACCAGGUGGUGGCACUGUGCUCGCAGUUCCAGAACCAGGGGCCCCAGCCUACCGGGAUCUUCAUCAACCAGUACCUGUACCACUACUGCGUGGUGGAGCCGCAGGAGGCCAUCGCCAUCGUCUUCGGGUUCCUGGUGGUGGUCGGCCUCAUCAUCCUCCUGGUCUUCGCCUCGAAGACGAGGGACAAGAUCCGUCGCCACGGCAAAGCCAACAUCCUGUGGGAGGAGGUGAAGCUGGUCGGAGACGGCACAUCGCACGACGUGGGGCAGUGGGUGACCAAUGUGUCCGAGAUGCCGGAGACUUUGCUGAAUGCCUAUCCGGACAAGAUUGGAGGCUCCCGGAAUUACCUGGAUAAUGCCAGCUUGGACUAUGACAGGCCCCCCUAUAGCCCUGUAGGCCCAGAGCAGAACGGCCCCGUGUACUCUGGAUUUUACAGCAGCCCCUCUGAAAUCCCUAGCUCCAUAGUGAAACCACUGAGGAAGAAUCGGCACAACGAUGGAGGCUACACCACGGGUGGGGAGUCUGGAGACGAACUGGAUGACAUCGACUUCAACAGUGAGUUCCCCACCCUGGUCACUGAGGAGGCCAGGCUGGACUACAAGCGUUCAUUUGAGAGGGACCUGCAGGAGUACAAGGGCCUCCAGGCUGAGCUGGAUGACAUCAACAAGAGCCUGUCCAAGCUGGACAAUGAACUGAAGGGGCUGGGCCAGGGCAGCCCUCAGUACCUGAAUACACUGGAUGAAUACAACCGUCUGAAGAGCCUGAAAAAGUCUGCAAAUUACCAGUUAAAGAAGAAAAGGAGCAAAUAUCUGAAGGCCAAGCUGGCCCACAUCAAGAGGAAGAUCAGCGAGUAUGACCACCGGGCGUGAGGUGCCUGAUGCUUGACCUCUGACCCAGCUCUCCCAGCCAGACUCCGCCUCUUCUGCCGAGGGUUAAAGUAUGCAACUUUUGAAUGAAACAGGAAGGAUCUCCACCAGCUAACCACGAGAAGAUGCCUGUGCUAAUGAGGUUUUUUUAAAACCAUGUAAACAAUGUGUUUGCUCAAGGGCAAAAAAAAAAGAGCUUCCAUUAUUUUGAAGGACAGAUCAAGAUUUGUUUCACAUCUCCCUUGCUUUUUAAAAUGUAUGUUUAAAGGUGUACCUGCAUUCCUCUAAGGGCAUUUUGGUGUGUUGCUGUUGUAACUUAUGCUGCUGUGAAGUUGUAUCAUUUAAUAUCAAUUACAAAAUGGCUCUUACUUAUCCUUCUCUGCCUGAAUUCCUUGCAACACAGUAACAAUGUGAUAUGCUUCAUAUUCUGAAAGAGCAACAGUGGGCAGUUUAAUGUCAACAUGGAAUUCACAAGAGGAUAGAGUUUAAGAGGAAAACAAAAACCUACACAUUCUAACUGUAAAAUCGAAUUUCCUUUCUUUGCUCCAAUAUGAACAAAUCCUUCAGUAUUUUUCUAAUAGCAUGAUUUGUAUUUUACACCUCAACUUGUGCAGGAAAAGCCAACAUCGCUUCUUGUGAUUCCUUGCCAUGUUUCAUAAAUUUCUUGUGUCAUUUAUUAUGAGCAAAUGGACUAAACAUAAAGUAAUUUUUAUUCAGAUAAAAUUUUGUAAAUAUGCAAAUAUGUGAGUAUGAGAUGUAUCUUUGAAUAACAUUUUGUGUGAAGCAUCUUGCUUUUGGUUAUUAAUAAGGUUAAAUAGAUCUGAAGUGAAAAUAUCAUCUCAGGUACAUUAUGGUUUUUGAAGCUAUACAAUAAGUAUGGAAAAGGUCAAUGUGUAGUUUUAUAUUUGUAAAUAUGAAAAUUUCAAUAAAAACAAGAGUAAAGAAGUA